CUUGAUGUGGCUAAUUCUGAAUGCUGAAGCCUCAUAUUACCUCUGGCUGAACUGUAAGAGGCAUUUUGUCCUGCACCUGGAGUUGAGCUUGUAAGAGAUCUGUUCGUGGUAUAAAGACGACAUUACACUACAUUAUCUAAAACGUUAUCACACAGGAUUUUAACUUUGUACUGUUCUCACUGCAGCUGUUAUUUUACACCCAUUUUCCUGAGAGCUUUUACAUUGUCAGUCUGAGCAGCUGGACCAACCAAAGAACAGCCCACCUCUUUACGCUGACACCACUCUUACUGGAACACAGUUCAGUCACUAACAUUGAAGUGGUGCAGUCGUACUGUUCAUGCAACGAUGAACUUUACCUUGAUAACAGCUUUACUCUGUACCUUCAGCUGGAUCUCUGUCUCAGUUUCUGAGUUUCACACUGUGGAGGUACAGCCUGGUGAAGAGGUCACUCUGCUGUGUACUAACUUUACAACUAUCUCCACUCACAUAUUCUGGUUCAGACUGAGCAACAAGCCCAACGCCACCUCUAUCUGCUACAUGUCCAACUCUGAUGGCAAUGCUUCUUACUCUGAUGGAUUUCAAAAUGGAAAAUUUAACAUGACAUCCAACAGCACUACUCUCUUUCUCAACAUCAAACCAGUGGAUUUAUCUGACUCUGGACUUUAUUUCUGUGGAUUUCCCUCAAACGGAAACCCAGUAAUUUCCAUUGCAACACAUUUAAAGGUUCAAGAGAGAAAUCCUCAUGGAGAAACGAGCCUGAGUGUGAUCCUGGGCGCUGGAACUUUCCUCAUCACAGCUGUCACUGCUAUGGCCGUCACAAUCAGCAAACGUCACACAGCUGAUGAACAGGAACAGAAUCCACAGAGUGAGAACCUGGACUCUGAUGACCUGAAGGAUGCAGCACUGAGUUUGUGUUCACCAACAAUAAGAAACAGGAGGCCUGCAUCAGGAGAGACAAGUGGAGACUCAUGUUAUUUACGCUGCCAGCAGAUAGACACGAGAAUCUGAUUAAACUACAGCUCAUGCUGGAGCUGGAGUUAACAUCACUGUGUCAGAAAACAUCAGGGUUUGUCAUAGAUUCUUUAUUAAUAACUGAUGUGAGAUCAGUUUGCAUCCUCCCUCUCUCUGUCUCAUCUGAAGUCUGUUUUAUUGAUGUUGUCUGAAGGAUGUGAAGGUGUCUGAUGGAGGAAGAGUGUUUGCUGCUCCACUGUCUGCAGCAGUGGAGGAGUGAGUGAGGUGCACAUCACAUGUUUGACAGGAAGAGGCAGCACAGUGUGGUCUGAGCACAGCUGAGGUGAAAAUCUGUUCACAGUAACCUGUUCACUCCACGUUUACAGAAUAAAGUGUGAAAAAAAGUUGUGAAUUCUGGCUGACUUUCUUCUGUCAGGAAGACAAAAUGAAUCAGCUUCUCUAUGUUUGUAGAAAAGCCUUUCAAAAACACACAGGCCAUCAAAUUAACAACUGUACACUUUAAUUAUGAUGUCACUGUAAGUGUGUAUGAUGAUAUGGUAAAUCUACGAAAAAAAAAUUCAGCAUCUCCCUCGUUACCCAUCA